CUCGCUACAUACGCCAUCCGCUUUCUCUCGAACAGCAUCCUGCUCACGACAUGGAGGACGACAUCUUUGCUGGAGUGGGCUACUAUAUCACUCUCACCCUGCCGACGGACACGCGCGACCAGCUCGCACAAGUGCUCGACGAAGGAGGCGCGGUGGCCGUCGCACUCGACGACCCGUCCCUAACGCACUUCAUCACGACGUCCCUCCCCGACCGCGACUCGCUGGAAGUCCUCCCCGACGGCAGCAAAGCACGUCUCGUCACGCCGACGUGGGUCGAGCGGUCGCGCAUCUUGGGUGGCAUCCAACCGCCCGAGUACUACACACCCGACCCUGCGCAUCUCUUCUCUGGAGUGACAGCCUCUGCGGUCGACCUCUCCCAAUCUGACCUCGAGCUUCUCUCGGCUGCGAUCACAGCCCUAGGCGGACAGUGGCGCGUGACCCUCACCCGCGACGUCACACACCUCUUCGCUCUCGCGCCUGGCAGCCAGAUGUACGAGACCGCGAUGCACUUCCGCGACAAGACCGGCAUGGUCGUCAUUCUUCCUCACUGGUUUGAUGAUUCGGUGAGAUUGGGCAUCAAGGGCCUCCCGACGGCCGAGUAUGAGUGGCCAGAGCCUGCGGUGCUCAAGCUCCACGCGGGCGAAGACGGGAAGGAUACGCUCAAGUCGCAUAGGAUACCGAAGGGGAAAAAGGCGUUCUUUGAAACGGCUGUCGCAGACGGCGCUGACCUACCUGCCAGACGCGCACGGUCUCGCAAUAUAUGGAAAGGCAUGAAGGUGCUGCUGAGUGCGUCGCUUGGGUUCAAUGAAAGGCAGCGGGCAGCGCACGAGGCGGAUAUCCGGCGUGAGGGCGGGAACGUCGCUCAGCUCGAACUGCUGGAGUCGGGGUCGUCUGCGGAGAUUGCGGAGGAGGAGGCGGAGAAGGUGGGCGAGGCGGAUGUUCUGGUGACAAAGUAUAGGUCGGGGCCGGCUUAUGUCAAGGCAUUCAAAACGAACAAGACCAUCGGCACCUUAUCCUGGCUAUGGUACUGUAGAGCUUCAGGCCACCUUUCUCGGCCGACCGAUCAGCUCUUGCACUACCCAAUACCCCGAAAACCCAUCGAAGGUUUCUCAUCUCAUAUCAUCACUAUCACUAACUACACUGGACGACACCGCGAUUAUCUCAAGAAGCUGAUCAUGACAAUGGGCGCGCAGUUCACGCCAAGCAUGUCGCCAAAGAACACGGUCGUCAUCGCGGCUUUCAUCUCAGGCACAAAGACCGAGAAAGCCCAGUCGUGGUCGAUUCCCGUCGUGAAUCACACUUGGCUUGAAGACUGUUUCGCCCAUUGGCGCGGGCUCACACCCGCACAGACGCGAUACAUCACGUUCCCGCCUGGCAUCGACUACAGUCAGACCCUCGCGGAGCCGCGUGCGGCCGGGAAGGUGACGUACGACCCGGUCGAGCUGGAGGCGCUCGCGGUUGAAGGCGUUGGUGAGGAGGCGGAGGGGCUGGCGGAGGGGCUGGAGGGCACGGCGAAUAGCGCGCGAGAAGCGAGGGAGGUGGAGGAGGCGGUGAUGAUGACAGACGAGGUGAUUGGGGAUGUGAGCAUGGGCGGGUACCUCGAGCAGGAGCUGAGGGUUGAGGAGCAGGAUGCAAUGGACGUCGAUGGGGAGCGACCGAAGGAGGAUGCGGUAUCGGCAAAGAAGAAGCGGGCCGCGGUCCGUGGCACUAAUGCACAGGAGGAAGAAAGACAGGUCGUUCCUGUGAAAGGUUUGGAAGCCGAAGACGAGAAGAUGGGGUCGCGGCAAGCGGUAUCGACGAGGCGUCAGGUCAAAUCGGCGAAUGCCAGACGUGUGUCCGAUGAUGAGCGACCGUCUGCGAUAGCAGCGCACCAGAAGAGCUCCACAGCCUCCAGGCGGAAGAGUGGGCCUGCGGCUCCAGCGGAAGAAGAGGACGAACAGGACGCAUCUGAGGUCAGGAAACCUUCAGUGCGCAGUCGGAUGAAGGUGAAAGGUGCUGCGAAGACCGAGAGUACAGGUCGGGAAAAGUCAUCCAAAGCUGCGCGGCAUGCCGAGGUUGAAGAAGAAGAUGAGGAUGAGGACGAACCCGACCUCGAACCGCCGAAGAGAUCCUCCAAGUCAGCUGCAGUAGCAAAGACCUCACGGACUGCUCCUGCUCUCACCUCCGAUGACGUCCUCGCCGAGUCGCCCCCCAAGUCGAAGCGUCGAGUCUCCGUCGUUGUGCCAACGGUGGCCGCGGUAUACUCGUCGCAGCCCUCGGCGCCUAAUUCACCGCGAAAGUCGACAGCGAGGGCAGGGUCCGAGCAUGCCGAGGCGCAAGAGGCACCGAAACAGUCGGCGAGAAAGGUUGUUCGCGAAUCGGCGUCUGCAGCCGCGACAAAGAGCCAAAGUGCGCGUGCGGGUAGGUCCAGCGCGCGGACGGCGCAGAAGGAUGGACAGGAUGACGCUCCUGCGGUGUCCAUCGGCAGUCCGAGCCUGCUAGAUACGAGCGCAGGCACCCGUAUGAGCUCGAGGCGAUCUGCGGCGACAAAGGCGAGCCAGCGGUUGAAGAAUGAGAUCAUGCCCGACGUUAUGAACUUCCAGAAGGAGAUGAAACGGGGCCACGUCAAGCCCGCAUGGGAAAGCGAGCAGACGUUAGAAGAAGGAAAGGGAAAGAGCAGGGGGAAGGAUGUAGAUGCUAGGAGCACGAAGGGAAAGAAGAGGGCUUCGUUUGCACAUGAAGAUGAACAGGAGGACGAUACUGGUCCAGAGAAGAAGAAAGUGCGGUUGAAUGCUGGCAGUCAAAGGCAGAAGGGGACAACGCAGCGGCGGACAUCGACGAAACAGGAGAAAGGAGGCGACGACUCGGACGUUAGCGAGGAUGACGGAGAAUUCACACGAUGGAAGCCGUUGAGUACAGGGAAGGAGGUCGCGCCUAGCCAUACAAGCAAUAAGCCUAUUUACAUUAUGACGACUCAGAUCGCCGUUUCGGACGAGGUCAUCAGGGCACUAACGAAGCUCGGAGCGAAGAUGACGACAAAGCCUGCCGAAUGCACGCACCUCGUCGUCAAGAGUCUCGUCCGCACGGAGAAGUUCCUGUGCGCGAUGGCGGUCGCACCUUACAUCCUGAACGAGAAAUGGUUGCUCGCAUCCGCGGCGCGCAAACGUUUGUUGCCGGAGAAAGAUUACUUGCUGGUUGACCCGGCCAGCGAAAGCAAGUAUGGCUUCAAGUUGUCCGACGCCUUGCUCCGGGCGAAGGAGAAUAACGGCAAACUAUUUGCGGGAAUGAGCUUCUAUGCCACGCCGAAGGUACCAGUCGAUACGAAGCUCUUGAAAAACGUCGUCAUGGCCAGUGGUGGGCAGCUUUUGACGCAGACACCCACCCUUCGAAUUUUGAACGGCCACGAUGAUCGGUACAUCAUCUCUACGCCGGCAGACAUCUCGAUAUGGCGCCCGCUAGCUGAGAACGGCUAUCCUAUCUACAGCCACGAGCUGAUCCUGAAUGCUGCCCUUCACCAAGAAAUCGACUGGGAAAGUCCGUCCAGCAGAGUAUCCAGCGAGAAGUAGUGUAAGAUCUAGUGUAGCUCAGCCUUGUACAUUUAUCGGAAUUUUCAAUCGACGUGCUCCAUCUGUUCAAGAAAGUAAUCUGGUGGAGUUAUAUUCAUGCAAAGCUGCGAAUGCCGGUGGAAUCCAUGCGGCAAUAAUCAUACGUGCAAGAUGCGGAAAGGACGGGUACUGGAACGGGCACAUGAAAGAAUCUGCGGAUAUGGUAUGCUACAUUAGUGACAUGUAGACUAUGUUAGGGUAUAAAACAGAGCAAUGUACUGUUGA